AUGUUGAGAUAAUUAAUUCAAAGUUUUCAAAAACCUCACUUUUCCUCAUAUAAAAGAGGCCUAAAUGAUAUUCCCUCAUUAUCUGAAUUUAUGAAAUAGUAAGUCCCUAUAAUCAAUAACACUAAUAAAGGCCCUAAGUUUUUUAUAGAAACAUAUGGGUGUUAAAUGAACACGAAUGAUUCCUAAAUUGUUUAAUCAAUUUUAUCAAAUGAGGGUUAUUCUAACACUAACGACAUCUCUGAAGCUGAUAUCAUCUUUUUAAAUACUUGUUCUAUAAGAGCAAAUGCUGAAAAAAAAGUGUUUCAAAGAAUGUCAGAAUUAAAAUCUUAAAAUAAAGUACUAGGUAUAUUAGGGUGUAUGGCAGAAAGACUUAAAGAGUAAUUAUUUACUUAAGGAGCAAACAUUAUUGUAGGCCCAGAUAGUUAUAAAUCCUUACCAACUCUUUUGGACUCAUUUCAACUAAAUAGAGAUAAAUAGAUAGACACAAAUCUCUCAUAAACAGAAACAUACGAUGAUAUACUCCCAAUUAAUCCUACUGAUAGUAUCACAACAUAUGUUUCGAUAAUGAGAGGGUGUAAUAAUAUGUGUUCAUUUUGUGUUGUUCCUUUCACAAGGGGAAGAGAGAGGAGCAGAAAUCCUGAAAGCAUUCUAUAAGAAAUAGAUGUAUUAACCUAAAAGGGAGUAAAAGAAGUUACGCUACUAGGACAAAAUGUUAAUAGUUACUUUUUUCAGGACGAAAAAAUACAAAGCUAACAUGAAAACUCGGCUGGUUUUAAAGAGCUAUAUAAAUUGAGAUAUGGAAAUGGUCUAAGAUUUGAUUAACUCUUGAAUGAAAUUGCAGUUAGAUUUCCAAAAACUAGAAUCAGAUUUACCUCACCUCAUCCUAAGAAUUUCCCAAAAAAAGUUUUGGAAGUAAUCGCAAAACAUCCAAAUAUUUGCAAAAAGUAUAGAUUAUGUAAUUUAGUAUCCACAUACCUAUACAAUCAGGUUCUAAUGAUAUUUUGCAAAAAAUGAGGAGAAAUUAUACAAGAAGAGCGAUUGAGGAUUUAUGCAAAGAUAUAAGAAAUUAAAUUCCAAAUGUAACCUUGUCAACUGAUGUAAUUGUUGGUUUUUGCGAUGAGACUGAAUAAGAUUUUGAAUAAACUUUAAGUUUAUUAGAACUUAUAUAAUUUGAAAAUGUAUGAGAUAAAUUUAAAUAGGCAUUUAUGUUUGCUUAUUCAAUGAGAGAAAAAACACACGCAUAACGAAACUUUUAAGAUAAUGUACCUGAAAGUGUCAAAUAAAAUCGUCUUGAAAGGCUGAUUGAAUUAUAACAUAAGAUUAUGAAUCAAAAAAAUUCUCUUGAAGUUGGAAAGUAUUUGAUUAUUAAAAUUUAGGAAACAUAUUGUUUUAGUUGAAUAGCUGGGUAAUAGGCCUAAUCAACUUAGAGGUAGAACAGAUACAAAUAAAACUGUUGUUUUUGAGAAUGAAAAAAAUAUAUAUUCCACUGGUGAUUUUGUGGAAGUUUAAAUUAUUAGUAGUGGCUUAAAAACUCUUUCAGGAAGGCCUUUGAAUAAAUGUUAGAUAAAUUUUAAUUGA